GACUCGUAUCCGCCCCUCUGGCUGACAUCAUUUCCUGCUUGUUGCUUUUCACUGGGAUAGUAGAGGACAGGGAGGGGCUGCUGGGUUAGCAAAUGUGCUUCCUGCCCAGGAGAGAGAGACGUCCAUGUACAAGUCCUUGCUGCAAAUAUAUUUGAAAUACUGCACAGUAUCAGCUGAGCCUCCUUCUCCUCCGUAGGGACCAGUCCAGCCCUACGUGAAGACUUCAAGAAGCAUGGGAGUCACCUGUGUGUCUCAGAUGCCCGUGGCAGAGGGGAAGAGCGUCCAGCAAACAGUUGAAAUCCUAACAAGGAAAUUGGAGCUGCUGGGAGCAGAGAAACAAGGAACAUUUUGUGUAGACUGUGAGACCUACCACACCGCUGCCUCCACCAUGGGAAACCAAGGGCAGGCUGGCAAGCUGAUGUACGUGAUGCAUAACUCUGAAUAUCCCCUCAGCUGUUUCGCUCUCUUUGAAAACGGCCCCUGCCUCAUAGCAGAUGCCAACUUUGACGUCCUGAUGGUGAAACUGAAAGGCUUUUUCCAAAACGCCAAGGCAAACAAGAUAGAGAGCCGGGGUACGCGGUACCAGUACUGUGACUUCUUGGUGAAGGUUGGCACUGUUACCAUGGGGCCCAGUGCCCGGGGAAUAUCUGUGGAGGUGGAAUACUGCCCAUGUGUGGUAGCCAAUGACUGCUGGAACCUGCUCAUGGAGUUCAUGCAAAGCUUCAUGGGGAAUCACACUCCUGGAAUCCCAUCCAUGUUUGGCAACAAGCACGACAGCAUCUACAGCCCAGGUGACACAAUGGCUCAGUACAUGGAACUGUUCAACAAGAUCCGCAAACAGCAGCAGGUGCCUGUAGCUGGGAUCAGAUGAAGAAGACUCCAGGAGACUUUUUUUUUUAUUAAAGUGACAAUAUCCUCUUUUUUCCGAUUGUCCUCAUGGAUCAGGAAUCCCAGCCCUUUGCUCAGUAAUGUCCUAAAGAUGUCUUCCCCCUAGAGAAAAUCACCAUUCAUCUCCAUAUAGCAGGGGUAGAAUCAGUUUUUCCUACCUCCAAGCUUGGUCUCAAAUAUAGCGUGUCUUUCAUCCCGUAUUCAGUGGUUAGCCCAUUGGUGCUGGUGUGUCUCAGUGCAACAGCAGUGCUUGAUUCUGGUGAUAAAUGUUCUUCUGCAGAAGGAUAAAGUAGAAAAUCCAGCUAUGUGCACAUACAGGCAGGGUUUUGUUGUCCCUCAUUUUCCGUAGUGGCAGGCUGGUGAAUGUGGGUUUUGGGGAUAUUCAUAUGGAAGCAUUUUGGUACCACUUUAAUAAUAAUUAAAAAAAGGCUUAUUUUCAUAUAAGG